GAUCGAGCAGAUAAGAUCGAGCUCGGGGGAAAAAAAAUUCUCCUCCCAUCAAACUAACCCUAGCACCAGGCAGUUAGGGUUUCGAGCGAUCGGGCGGAGAUGGCGGCGGCGGCGAGGCAGCGUGGGACGGUGAAGUGGUUCAAUGACACCAAGGGCUUCGGCUUCAUCUCCCCCGAGGACGGCAGCGAGGACCUCUUCGUCCACCAGUCGUCGAUCAAGUCCGAGGGCUUCCGCUCCCUCGCCGAGGGCGAGGAGGUCGAGUUCUCCGUCACGGAGGGCGACGACGGCCGCACCAAGGCCGUCGACGUCACCGGCCCCGACGGAUCCUUCGUCAAGGGCGGUUCCGGCGGCGGCGGGGGAGGCUUCGGCUCCCGCGGCGGGGCCGGAUCUGGCGGUGGCGGCCGCAGCUACGGCGGCAGCUGGGGCGGCGGGAGGAGAUCCGGCGCCGGGGUCGGCGCCGGCGCCUGCUACAAGUGCGGGGAGCCCGGCCACAUGGCUAGGGACUGCCCCAGCGCUGACGGCGGCGGCGGGUAUGGCGGAGGCGGCGGCGGCGGCAGUGGAUGCUUCAAGUGCGGGGAGCCUGGCCACAUAGCCAGGGACUGCCCCAGCGGCGGCGGCGGCGGCUAUGGCGGCGGUGGCUACGGAGGAGGCUACGGCGGCGGCGGCGGCGGUGGUGGCGGCGGCGCCUGCUACAACUGCGGCCAGACCGGCCACAUGGCGAGGGACUGCUCCAGCGGCGGCGGCGGCGGCGGCGGCCGGUUUGGCGGUGGCGGCGGCGGCGGCGACCGCUCCUGCUACAACUGCGGCGAGGCCGGCCACAUCGCCCGCGACUGCCGCGCGUGAGGCGGAUCAGAUCGGAUCGGCAUCGCGCCACUACUACCCGGUGGUGGUCGCCGUCUAGAUCUCGCCCAAGCCUCUCACUCUUUAUGUCUCGUUCGUCGGAGUAUUGCUUUAGUUUUGCCGAUCUGGGCCCGAGCGCCCGCCUCCUUGCUAUAGAGGAGCCAGCCGCCUUUUUUCUUUUCGUUUCGCUUUGGAUUUGGUUCGGUUUCGUAGGGGAACUGCUCUGCUCAGUUAUCAUCGUGUGCUUGGUGAGUCGUCGUCGUUGUUCGUCGUCAAGGUUUAAGAAGAAGUUUAAGAAGUGAGAGAUGGAUUGGUUCUGUGUCGCUGAGGGGAUGACAAAAUCUGCCUCCUUUUUUUUUGUGCUUUGCUGCUCCAGAUGGAAAAGAUUGUUAUCAUUAUUAAUCCUUGCAGUACCUGCAGUGCACUGUGUUUAUGAUUU